AUGCCUUCAAAUCGCAACUCUGGCUCGAGCUCUUCUCUACCCCCGGUCAUACACUAUGUCACUGGAAAUGACCCCUCAACGUCGAAAGCCAUCGUGGUUCGAGAGAUGCCGGGAAGCUGGAAAACCCACGAUGAUCUCGGGUUAGCAAUCGACUUGGUUUACACGACAAAAAUCUUCCCUCCCGACCUCCGAGAUGGUACUGAUAUUACCGAUCAUGAAGAUGCCAUCUCUAGGGGAGAUGUAGGCCUGAUCAGCCCAAGUGGAACGGUCUGUCGCAUCGUGGACUUCAUGCCAGGAAACGAGUGUAUCAUGCAUGUGACUCAGAGCUUAGAUUACGGAGUUGUAUUGGAUGGGGAAAUAGAAAUGCGACUCGAUUCGGGAGAAACAAAGCUCUUGAACAAGGGGGAUACUGUGGUGCAGAGGGCAACCAUGCAUGGGUGGAAGAAUAAGAGUGACACCGAGUGGGCCCGAAUGUUCUUUGUUCUGCAGGACUGCCCCGAAGGUUUAGGAAUCCAGGCGAAGCAAUCUGGCCAGGAUCAUUAG